AUGUACUACAGAGGUAUAAAGCGUUGUCAUGUUUGUAGUAUGACAUUUUUAUAAAGAUUCCAAAUGUCAUACUACAGUAUACAGCUUUGUCGUCAUGGGUAGGUGUGAUGAUGUUUAUUGAACUUAAAUGAUAUGUUCUGAUUGGUCUGUGUGUACAGAGGAGGGGCGGCCACCCCCAGUGACAGAGAAACCUGAUGUGACAUCAUCCACUAGGGAGCGUAGGAACUGGACCAGCCCAGCACACUCCACCCACGGCUCUGGGACCCAUAGGAAACAACACCCCAACCUGCUCCGUAGAACAUCCACCACCUCAGGUAACACACAGACACAUUCCUACUCAUACUAAGGCCACAGGAGGGACAUAUACAGUGUAUGUCCAAUGCUGCAGUUGUUUCACAGUUGUAAGCCAACCUAUCCUCUUCCAACAGUGAUUCUUUAAAACGUUUACAUUUUGAGUGAUUGCAUUAUCUCUGACCUGACAAUGAUGGUGAAAGUAUCAGUUUCACCCUUAACAAAUUGAUGUGACUAGUCGUGAUUUCACCUAAGAGGUGACCCCUAAUCAAGUGUAGAGGAGAGACUUGCCAGAUGCAUUGAGGAGAGGAUGGACUGUGUGUUUGGACUAUUUCUUAUAUUACCCCACAGUUGUAUUGUAUAGCUGUGAGGGAUAUACAUUCUUGACAUUGACAUUCGUUUUAACAUAGAGAGGCGCGAAGUAGAAUGGAUGUACAAUGUGAGUAACCUGACAUCCAUUCAAAACGCUGAUGUAUGUCUUUUCUUUUUGCAGUGGACUGGCCAUUAUGGCCGGGUGAGGGUGAGGGCCUUCUAUACUGUGUUUGCUAAGAUCUCUAAAAUGGUUUUGUGCUUGACUUUAACAGCCUGGUUUCAGAGUGGGCGGCUAACCCAAGCACCUGAGUGGUUUUGGUGUGUGUGGUUGAUUUAGCUAUCUUUUGGCAUGUAUCGAUUAAGGGCCUUCUCGUGUUUUGUUGCCAACACUGAUAUUUGGAAAGUUGCGUGUGUUUGCAUAAUGAUUAUAAGAACUAACAUCAUACUACCUUUUUGGUUUCUUACUCAAUUGCAUUAUCUGUAUAAUUCUAUUCAUGUGAACCAUAAUUGUUCACUAGAGUCUAGUUUAUGGUAACUGGUUUACCGGUAAGCUUCUGUUGUGCUAUUGUGCCGUCCUUUUUAAACUAACCUGCCAUUAUCAAAAGCAAAUCCUUGUAGACAUUUAUUGUACAUUUCCAUGCCCAUAUUGGGCUAAUUGCCUACAGUCUCUUAGGAGAGGUCCCUCCUUUACCUUUCUGCAUUGUAUUUGCAUGAAAAGGGAGCUUUUGCAUGCCAUGAAUGGUUAGGUGAAGUGUGUUUUAUGAAGUGUAUACUGAAUGUUUGCACCAUGUUUGCUCCUAGAGGGCCGUAGGAAAUCAGAAACCCCCCUGGUCACUCACGACCCCCGUACGGCUGUUCAGCUCCGCACUGCUCUGAAAAGACUCAAGGAGAUCAUGGAGGGAAAGAGCCAGGUAUCUAUCACACCGUUAGCCCAUCACGCCAAUUAGCCCAUCACACCAAUUAGCCCAUCAUGCCAAUUAGCCCAUCACGCCAAUUAGCCCAUCACGCCAAUUAGCCCAUCAUGCCAAUUAGCCCAUCACGCCAAUUAGCCCAUCAUGCCAAUUAGCCCAUCACGCCAAUUAGCCCAUCACACCAAUUAGCCCAUCACACCAAUUAGCCCAUCACACCAAUUAGCCCAUCAUGCCAAUUAGCCCAUCACGCCAAUUAGCCCAUCACACCAUUACACAGUUGCUGUUGUUUAUUGUACCUCACAACACACUGCUGUUGUUUUACUCACCAUUACUCUACUGCAGUUUGUUUUUAUAUGGAGUAAUAAAGCCUAGCUAACCAUCACAGUCACACACAGGCAACUGUUCCAAAUAUAGGACAACAUGUUAAGACCCCUCUCAUUCUUUAAAAGGAGGCGGUUAUUGUUUCAUCUGACCAUUUGAUUUCAGUGAAACAUAAUUUCCAUACACUUUAAUAAGACGUCCUCAGCAUGAGUUAACACAACAGUUGUUAAUAGAAGAGUGGAAUAAAGAAGGCCACAUUACAAACAGACUCUCUGGGAUUGCUUGCAGGACAGCGACCUGAAGCAAUACUGGAUGCCAGACAGUCAGUGUAAGGAGUGCUACGACUGCAACGAGAAGUUCACCACCUUCCGCCGCCGCCACCACUGCCGGCUCUGCGGACAGAUCUUCUGCAGCCGCUGUUGCAACCAGGAAAUCCCUGGCAAGUUCAUGGGCUACACGGGUGAGUGCUUUGGAGGGGGGAGGCUCACAGGAGUGGGUAGGUGGGGGCCAUGCCCACUCCCUGCCUGCAUCAUUAUCAUAAUCCCUAGAGACCUCCUGAGGAGAGGGGAGACAGCCUCUAAAGUUGUUCACAAAUCAGGGUCACAGUGUGUUAGAGAGGCCACAGGCCCUACUAGUUUAAACUGAAUUGUAUGCAUUGUUGUACCUAUAACUUAGAUCUCUUGCAUGAAAGCUCUAGGAGAUCUACCGCUGGAGUUAUAUGUACAGAGGCCUAUGGGUACUCAAAGCAUGGUGUGUGUGUUUUUUCUGCUGUGGUUGUGUGUGUUAGCGAAGUUGGAUUUUGGGUAAGUUGACUGGUUGACCAGUAGUGUUUGAGCACCCCUUUGAAAUAGCCCAAACAUUGCUGUGAUGUGAGAAUCUGAGACCAAUGAGACAUGUUUAACCUUUGAUGAUGCUGAGAUGUGACCUAACCAUGCCAUGGAGUGACCACACCACAGUAACCACAAUACUGCCUCCAUCCUAGCUCAUAGCAGGACCCGCUCUUCCUCUCACUGACUCCUCCCCUCUCUCUGUCUCUUUCCCUUCCUCCAUUGUCACCUACCUCUCUCUCUCUCUCUCGCUCUCUCUCUCUCUCUCUCUCUCUCUCACUCUCUAUCCCUCCAUUGUUACUGUGGGUAGGAGACCUGCGGGCUUGCACCUACUGCCGUAAGGUUGCUCUGAGCUACGCCCACUCUGCAGACUCUUGCUCCAUAGGGGAGGACCUGUCUGCUCCGUCUGACUCCUCCAUCAGCUCUGUCUGCGUCCUGGAACCCAGCGAGCCUCGUACCCCGGUCGGAGGACGCAAGUCCAGCCGCAACAUCUUCCUAGAGGAGGACCUGACCUGGCAGAGGUGAACUAAGAGAGGAGACAGAGAGAAGAGGAACCAUAGAGAGAAAUCAAGAUUUAAAUAAUAUAUUUAUCUCUUUGAGGAACUAUGCAUGCCCCACAGAAUUAAAUAGAACAAUAUAUAAUACAUUUUAGUGUAUCUCUACGGCAUGCACACCUCCCUCGCAUGGACCUGUAGUCAUUCGUCCCAUUCCGCUCCUACAAAAGAUGCAUGCAUUCUAGUCAUCUAUUCGUUCCCCUACCUCACCUUUUUCCUCAGUGUUUUGUUUCUCUCUGUGUAUGUCCUCCAUGUUUCUCUCUGUGUAUAUCCUCCAUGUUUCUCUCUGUGUAUAUCCUCCAUGUUUCUCUCUGUGUAUAUCCUCCAUGUUUCUCUCUGUGUAUAUCCUCCAUGUUUCUCUCUGUGUAUGUCCUCCAUGUUUCUCUCUGUGUAUAUCCUCCAUGUUUCUCUCUGUGUAUAUCCUCCAUGUUUCUCUCUGUGUAUAUCCUCCAUGUUUCUCUCUGUGUAUAUCCUCCAUGUUUCUCUCUGUGUAUAUCCUCCAUGUUUCUCUCUGUGUAUAUCCUCCAUGUUUCUCUCUGUGUAUAUCCUCCAUGUUUCUCUCUGUGUAUGUCCUCCAUGUUUCUCUCUGUGUAUAUCCUCCAUGUUUCUCUCUGUGUAUAUCCUCCAUGUUUCUCUCUGUGUAUAUCCUCCAUGUUUCUCUCUGUGUAUAUCCUCCAUGUUUCUCUCUGUGUAUGUCCUCCAUGUUUCUCUCUGUGUAUAUCCUCCAUGUUUCUCUCUGUGUAUAUCCUCCAUGUUUCUCUCUGUGUAUGUCCUCCAUGUUUCUCUCUGUGUAUAUCCUCCAUGUUUCUCUCUGUGUAUGUCCUCCAUGUUUCUCUCUGUGUAUAUCCUCCAUGUUUCUCUCUGUGUAUGUCCUCCAUGUUUCUCUCUGUGUAUAUCCUCCAUGUUUCUCUCUGUGUAUGUCCUCCAUGUUUCUCUCUGUGUAUAUCCUCCAUGUUUCUCUCUGUGUAUGUCCUCCAUGUUUCUCUCUGUGUAUAUCCUCCAUGUUUCUCUCUGUGUAUGUCCUCCAUGUUUCUCUCUGUGUAUAUCCUCCAUGUUUCUCUCUGUGUAUGUCCUCCAUGUUUCUCUCUGUGUAGCCCUACUCUCAUCUUUGUCUUUUCCUCCAAAUGCAGAGUUGAAGAGAGAGGAGAGAGACACACUAAGCGCUCUUCAUCCCCCAUGUCCUGUCCUCUCCCUCCCUGCCCACUCCAUCCUUCUCCUGUCCCCUCUGCCCGUCUUCCUUUUCUUCCCCUGUAUACUGGGUGGGUUCUUUCUCCCUGCUUGGUCCUACUUUCAUUGGAUCUCUUUUAUUAAAAACCAUCUCUCAGCAAUUUUUCUGAUCCAUUUUCUGAUCACAAAUUGUCAAUGCAGAAAACAAGCAAAUUAUGAAAAGAAAAUAUUUGGGGUUAUUGUUGUUUUUCAAAGACAGACCUUGUUUGAUUUUGUCAGAGAACGCAUGCUAUUAUGUAAUUGAUUACCACUAAUAACAUUCCAUCCCAUUAAACAAUGUGACUCGCUUUGAUCCAAUCAUCAGUGUGCUACUCUUGCUCCUAACGACAUGUCUCAAAUAAAAUAUCUUUCCCCUUCUCUCCUGGCGUAGAAAAACUCCCAUUGGGAUGAGAAAGAAGUGAGUCCUGCUGUUGUUUUUAUGACCAUUCAAACUUCUCUGACAGCUUGUAACAGUUUUGGCUUUCUUUUACUUUAGAGUUGAGCUUUACCCUUCUAGCCCUACCAUAUUGACACUUCUGCAUACGUCUACCUUAACAAGUUACGGUAGUAUCACAUGGACAACAAAGUCAAAUGAUUUAGUUCAGGAAUGAAUUUGUUUGCGUGUGUGUCAGUUUGAUUCACCAGGAGUCUCAGAACAGUGGGAUGAAUUCUAGACUGGCUGGGCUACAAGAGGAUGGAGGCAAGUCCCCAAUAAAGAACCGGUGAGUGUCUGCUUUUGGCCCAUCAUUUUAUACAACCCUUUUACAACUCGUUUUUUCCCCAACUCAGUUUAGGGCUUGUAUUUUAGUGCCGUAUUCACUGAUGGUGCACCCUACAGAGAGAGAUGUACGCUAUAUAUACAAAAGUAUGUGGACACCCCUUCAAAUUAGUGCAUUCGGCUAUUUCAGCCACACCCGUUGCUGACAGGUGUAUUAAAUUGAGCACACAGCCAUACAAUCUCCAUAGACAAACAUUGGCAGUAGAAUGGCCUUACUGAAGAGCUCAGUGACUUUCAACGUGGCACUGUCAUAGGAUGGCACCUUUCCAACCAAGUCAGUUCGUCAAAUUUCUGCCAUGCUAAAGCUGCCCCGGUCAACUGUAAGUGCUGUUAUUGUAAAGUGGAAAUGUCUAAGAGCAAUAACGGCUCAGCCGUGAAGUGGUAGGCCACACAAGCUCACAGAACAGGACCGCCGAGUGCUGAAGCGCGUAGCAUGAAAAAAUUGUCUGUCCUCGGUUGCAACACACACUACCGAGUUCCAAACUGCCUCUGGAAGCAACGUCAGCACAAUAACUGUUUGUCGGGAGCUUCAUGAAAUGAGUUUCCAUGGCCGAGCAGCCGCACACAAGCCUAAGAUCACCAUGCGCAAUGCCAAGCGUCGGCUGGAGUGGUUUAAAGCUCGCUGCCAUUGGACUCUGGAGCAGUGGAAACACAAUCUCUGGUGUGAUGAAUCACGCUUCACCAUCUGGCAGUCCGACGAACAAAUCUGGGUUUGGCGGAUGCCAAGAGAACGCUACCUGCCCCAAUGCAUAGUGCCAACUGUAAAGUUUGCUGGAGGAGGAAUAAUGGUCUGGGGAUGUUUUUCAUGGUUCGGGCUAGGCCCCUUAGUUCCAGUGAAGGGAAAUCUUAAUGCUACAGCAUACAAUGACAUUCUAGACGAUUCUGUGCUUCCAACUUUGUGGCAACAGUUUGGGGAAGGCCCUUUCCUCUUUUCAGCAUGACAAUGUCCCUGUGCACAAAGCGAGGUCCAAACAGAAAAGGUUUGUCGAGAUCGGUGUGGAAGAACUUGACUGGCCUGCACAGAGCCCUGACCUCAACCCCAUCAAACACCUUUAGGAUAAAUUGGAUCGCCGACUGCGAGCCAGGCCUAAUUGCCCAACAUCAGUGCCCGACCUCACUAAAGCUCUUGUGGCCGAAUGGAGGCAAGUCCCCGCAGAAAUGUUCCAACAGAAGAGUGGAGGCUGUUCUAGCAGCAAAGGGGGAUCAAAUCCAUAUUAAUGCCCAUGAUUUUGGGCACACACACACACACACACACACACACACACACACACACACACACACUGGUGAAAAAAUAAUUCCAUCCAUUGAGUAACGGUCCUGUAAUGCCAGCCCUGUCCUAUCUAGGUCAGCCAGUGUGACCAACCUGUCCCUGGACCGUUCUGGCUCCUCCAUGGUGCCCUCCUAUAACAGCUCAAUGAGCCCCCAGACCAGUAUGGCCAUGCCCAAACCUGACCACAGUGAAGCGGAGAGGAAGGUACUGCUGGUAAGGAUGCUAUCUAUUUCUUUACCUUCCUCUUUCCUCUUCUAUCUCUCUCUGUAUCCCUUUCUCUCACUCUCUCCCUCUUUCCAUCUCAUCCUUUUGCUCUCCCUCUAUUCUCUUUCUCUCCCUCUUUCUAGCCCUGUCUGUAUAUUUGUUCACUCCAAUUUACACUCCAUUGUUGACAAAGCAUACAAUAAAAACGUAUUUUUGACUGACUGACUGUCAUGACAUGUAGGACUCGUCCCAGCUCAAAGACCUGUGGAAGAAGAUUUGUAACAACAGUACUGGCAUGGAGUUCCAGGACCAUCGCUACUGGCUCCGUACAUACCCCAACUGCAUUGUGGGGAAGGAGCUGGUCAACUGGCUGCUGAGGAGUGGAACCAUCUCCACCAGGUAUAGACAUACUGUAUCAUGGCUACCUGACUGAUGUCUGAGUAACCAUCCUAUUGUAUAAAGCAGAGAUUACAUGAGUUAGUAAAUGUUUUUUAUCUCUCGCGCUUCUCUCUCCUUUUAUAUAUCUCGAUAUUAUCGCUCUUCCAUCUUCUCAAUUUCUAAUGUAUACAAGUAUAUAGAUAUCAAUCUUUCUCAAUUCUACUACUGUAUACAGUAUAUAUCUUAUCUCUCUUCUUUUCUCUCCUUCGCUUUCAUUUUCUAGUUUUUUUUUCCCCGUUUCUUUUUCCUUUUUUCUUCUUCUCUGUUUAUUUUUAUUUUAUGUUCCGUUCUCGUUUUCAUCUUUUAAUCUUAGUCUCCCGUCUUUUUUGCGCUUUCUCUCGUUUUCCAUUUUUCUAAUUUCUCACUUUUCCCCCGUUCUUUUCUCUUCUUCUUCUUUUCUCUCGCCUUUUCUUUCUCAGUUCUUCUCUUUUCCCCCCUCUCUUUUCUCCUCUUCCCCCGCCCUCCUCCUCCCCUCGCCUUCCAUUUUUUCCUUUUUAUUUUUCCCCUUUCCUCUCCCCUUCCCUCCUUUUUUCCUCUCUUCCUCUUCUCUCCCCCUCUUUUCCUUCUCUUUCAAUUCAAUAAUUCAAUGGGGACUUUAUACAUGGAAAUUAAAAACAAUGUCAAGAACUUUAUAAAAAAAAUUGGGACCAACACAAUAAUAAUAGUAUAGGGAAAUGGUACCUUAACAGCAACUACAACAAACAAUAUUAAUGAGAAUAACAAUACAUUAAAGCAAUAGUAGUCGACCAAUCUCAACAUGACUGAGAAGACACAUUACAUGCUAUGAAAGCCAAAACAAACAGGAAAAUUAUUGACAUUACAUUACACUUUUCACUGGCUUGUCCCUCAGGUUGUGGCAGGAGGACCACCAUAUUUGGCUGCCAAAAUUGCACAUUUUGGCUUUUUCACCCAAUAAAUAUUUGAUUUUUUCUUCCUCUUUUAUAGUUUCAAAUUCUUUGUACUGAAUGAUAAUUUUGGGAAAGAAAGAUUCUCUUAGGUCUGAGUAUUUGUCACAGUGUAAUAGAAAUGCAGCUCUGUCUCUACCUCUCCCCGGGGGCAGAGUGAGCACAGCCUGUCCUCUCUGGGCAGCCAGGUUUGCCUGUGACGACCGGUCUCUAUAGCCAGACUGUGCUCACUGAGUCUGUACCUAGUCAGUGUUUUCUCAGUUUUCUAUCAGUCACAGUGGUCAGAGUCUGCCACCAUGUACUGUCUGUUUAGAGCCAAAUAGCAUUGAAGUUUACUUUGAUUUUUUGUGGUGUCUUUCCAAUAGGUGAUAUAUUUUUCUUUUUGCUUUGUGAUGAUUGGUGGGCCAGAUUUUCUGAGUGCUGUCCUGAGGCUCUAUGAGGUUGGUUUUGGUUAGUGAACUGAGCCUCAGAACCAGCUGGCUGAGGGGACUCUCUCUUGUUUCAUCUCUUGACAUAGUAGUGUGAUGGAAUGUUUUGGGGGUCACUUGUUUUAGAUGGUUGUAAAUUUGAUGGCUCUUUUUUCUAUUCGAAAUAAGGAGGGGGUUAUUGGCCCAAUUUCUGCUCUAAUGCGUAUUUUGAGUUGUUCUUGCACUUGCAAUACAGUCUUGCAAAACUCUGCAUGCAGUAUUAUUCGAUUGGAUGUUGUCCCAUUUGGUAAAUUCAGUAUUAGAGAGCGGACCCCAUACUUCGCUGCCAUAUAGAGCAAUUGGUUCUAUAAACUGAUUGGAACAUUUUGAGCCAGAUUCUAAUUGGAAUUUCAAUUUUAAUAUUCCUUUUAAUGGCAUAGAAUGCUCUUCUUGCUUUGGUCUAAGCUCAUUCACAGCAUGUGAAAGCUACCUGUGUGCUGAUAUUUUAGUCUAGGAUGUGUACUUUUUGGUGGUUCUAAUAGAACUGUGUCCAAAUAGAAUUUAUAGUUGUCAUCCGAUUUCCUGACCUUUUUUGGAAUAUCAUUAUAUCGGGUUUUUAGAUUAACGGUCAGGGCCCAGGUCUGACCAGAAUCUGUUGCAGAUGAUCUAGAUGCUGCUGUAACCCCUCCUUAGUGGGAGACAUUAGCACCAGGUCAUUGCGUACAGCAGACACUUGAUUCAGUGUUGGUAGGGUGAGGACCAGGUGCUGCCGAUUCUUAUAAUGUUUUGCCAAUUCGUUAAGUAAUGUUAAAUAGUGUUGGACUUAUGGGCAGCCCUGUUUCACUCCACGUCCCGAGAGAAGAAGUCUGUUUGCUUGUUGCCGAUUUUAAUCGCACAUUUGUUUUUAGUGUACAUUGAUUUAAUAACAUAUGUUUUCCCUCCAAUACCACUUUCUAUUAGUUUGUAAAAAAUACCUUUGUGCCAAAUUGAAUCAAAUGCUUUCUUGAAGUCUAAAAAACACGAGUAGAUUUUGCCUUUGUUUUUGAUUUACUUGUUGUCAAUUAGAGUCUGGAGGGUGUAAAUGUGGUCUGUUGUACGAUAAUUUUUUACAAAAUCCAAUCUGGCUUCUGCUUAGGACGUUGUGUUCAUCAAGGAAAUUAUGUAGUCUGCUGUUUAUGAUACUGCAGAGAAUUUUCCCCAAGUUGCUGUUAACGCAAAUUCCUCUGUAAUUAUUUGGGUCAAAUUUGUCUCCAUUUUUAUAAAUUUGGUGUGAUCAAUCCUUGGUUCCAAAUAUCGGGGAAAAUACCUGCAGUUAGGAUAAUGUUGAAGAGUUUGAGUAUAGCCAAUUUGAAUUUCUGGUCUGUAUAUUUGAUCAUUUCAUUUAAAAUACCCAUCAGCACCACAGGCCUUUUUGGGUUGGAGAGUGCAAAGUUUUUCCAAUAAUUCUGGUUCUGUAAUUGGGGUAUCCACAGGAUUCUGCUAGUCUUUGACUGCUGAUUCAAGGAUUUGUAAUUUUUCUUGUAUAUCUUGUUGUUCUGGGCUCUUUGUUAUAUUGCUGUAGAGGUUUGCAAAGUGAUUUCUCCACAUAUCCCCAUUUUGGAUAGCCAAUUCCUCAUUAUGAGGUUUGUUUAAUUUAUUCCAAUUCUCCCAGAAGUGGUUUGAUUCUAUGGAUUCCUCAAUCACAUCUAGCUGAUUUCUAAUGUGCUGUUCCUUUUUUGUUCUUAGGGUGUGUUUGUAUUGCUUCAGUGUUUCCCCAUAUUGAAGACGUAUAUUUUUGUUGUCUGGGUCUCUGUGUUUUUGAUUAGAUAUAUUUCUCAAUGACUUUCUUAGAUUUUUGCAAUCAUUAUCAAACCAUUUUUCAUGAUCUAUUAUUUUUGGUUUGCUCUUAUGUUUCUUAAGAUUAGCCAAGGAGGCUAAUUUGUCAAAUAUAAUGUUUAUGUUCCAAACGGCCAAAUUUAUACCUUCAUUGGUGUAGGAGAAUGUUAAUGCUAAAAAGUUGUCCAGGAGAGAUUGUAUUUUUUGGCUACUCAUUUUUUUUUGUAGAUUUCUGUACUGUUUGCACUCCAUCUAUAGGUCUGUUUAGUACCAUGUAAUUUAUUGGGCUGUGAUGCUUCAUGGUUGGGUUCUGCUCUUUUCAGAUACACUGUGAUUUUACUGUGGUCAGAGAGAGGUGUUAGUGGGCUGACUGUGAAGGCUCUGUGAGACUCUGUGUUAAGGUCUGUGAUGAAGUAUAUAAUAUAUAAUAUAAUAAAUAAUAUGGCAUUUAGCAGACGCUUUUAUCCAAAGCGACUUACAGUCAUGCGUGCAUACAUUUUUGUGUAUGGGUGGUCCCGGGGAUCGAACCCACUACCUUGGCGUUACAAGCGCCGUGCUCUACCAGUUGAGCUACAGAGGACCACAGUAGUCUACAGUACUGCUGCCAAGGGAUGAGCUGUAGGUGUACCUACCAAAAGAGUCCCCUCUUAACCUACCAUUGACUAUGUACAGACCCAGUGUUCGACAGAGCUUCAGGAGCUGUACUCCAUUUUUGUUUUUCACUUUGGCAUGUUAGCUCAGUUGGUAGAGCAUGGCGUUUGCAAUGCCAGGGUUGUGGGUUCGAUAAAAUAAUGUAUGCGCUAACUGUAAGUCGCUCUGGAUAAGAGCGUCUGCUAAAUGACUAAAAUGUAAAUGUCAUAGUUGUUUCUAGGGGGGUAUGUGGGGAGGGAAAGGUUGUUGCUUCCCGGUAGGUGUUUGUCCCCAUGACUGUUAAUAGUGUCUAGUUCUUCUGCUGUUCUAGCAUUCAGGUCUCCACAGACCAGCACAUUGCCUUGGGCCUGAAAGUGACUAAUCUCCCCCUCUAGAAUGGAGAAACUCUCUUCAUUGAAGUAGGGUGACUCUGAGGGGGAAUGUAUGUGGCACAGAGGAAGACGUUGUUAUCUGUUAAGAUAGCCUCCUUGUUGAUUUUUACCCAGAUAAAGAAUUCUCCUGUUUUGAUCAAUUCGAUUGAAUUAGUUAGUUCAGAUUUAUACCAUAUUAGCAUUCCCCCUGAGUCUCUGCCCUGUGUGAUUCCUUUUAAUUUGGUGGAUGGUACGAUUAUCUCCCUAUAACCUAGUGGACAGCCAGUGGAAACAUCACCUCUGCACCAUGUUUCCUGUAGUACUACAAUAUUCAACAUCAUCAAUUUCUUUAAGGAAGUCUGGGUUUCUGCUCUUUAGCCCAAAAGCAGAGGACUUCAAGCCUUUGUAAAUUCCAACAUGCAACGUAAAAAAGACUUCAUAACUGUUUUUUCUUUACAUUCAAAAUGAGAUAAACACUCACAAUCCAACAAGAACUAUUAAAAUAGGAUUUUUCAAUUAAGGUAAACUCUUAUUAUGCAAAUGUGAUUUGUUUAUCAUUUAAGAUAGUAUUUGUUUCAUGCCACUUGGGUGGAUGUAGUGUGAGGAUGGUGGAGUUCUUGUGCUCCUCUUACCAUGACCCUCGGCCCCUAUCACAUGUGAGCAUAGUAGAUUCAGCAUUUGUUUGAUGUCACUCAUUUCGUUGGUGGGAGCUGGACCAGUGCUCCUCUCACAGCUUGUGCAUAGCUCUGUCUGCCGGGCUGUGGCUCCUCCAGGUGUGGGUCUGUUGGUGGGGGGGGAGGGGGGUGUUAGGCCUCGUCUGGGUGGGUCUGAAGCUGGGCUGGGGGUGGUCUGUGCUGCGCUGGAUGUGGUGGGCAUUGAGGUUGGUGGUGCUGUGGCCGUGGCUGGGGGGUCCAGGGUACUGGUCCGGGGUGUUGUCUCUGUGAUCUCGGGGGGGUGGAGAUUGCUCCGCUGUUCCUGGGUGGAGAGGUCGGGAUGCGGUUUAAAGCGACGUCCUUGAGAGUCUUAGCAAGGAUGGGGACUGUCUCCCUGUACAGGUGAACAUGGUCAUAGAGACAGUCCAGAUCGAGGGUGGGAUGGUGGGCCAGGUGUACAUUGGGUCGCAGGGCACAGUCCUGGGAGAGGCUGGCGUUUAAUCUUUGGAUUGUGGCAGGGUGGAAGUCCUUCCUCUGUAGAAGGGUUGACACCACGAUCCUUGAGUUGGGGAAGAUUGCGGAGGCCUUCUCAAUCACUCCCCGUAGUGAAGUCGCCACCCUCUCCUGCUGAGCACGCAGGUCGUUGCUUCCGGUGUGUAUGAUUAUGUGGCUUGGUGACCCAAGGUGGGCCUUAUCAAGUAGCGCCAUGGCAAUCUGCGUUGUUGGGCACCACACCUUUCUCGUUUUGUGUCUAGGGAAAAGUUUAUUCUCCUGAACAAACUUCCCAUUUGAGUCCAUCAACAGGACAAUCUCAGCCAGUGUUUCUUCUGGACUGGAGGGGGUAGAGUUGGGGCUGGUGGGUGUUGGAGCUGGGGUGUGGCUGGUCUGUGCCGGUGCCGCUGUCAGUGUGAGGCUGUUCUGGGGGCUGGGGGGGAGGCAUGCAGCCGGCAGGGCUGGGGAGGCCUGGCUGGUGGGCUCCUCUGCUGUGUGAUGGCAGGUUAUAGAGUGGUGAUCUAGCUGCUCCUGCAGUCUGUCCUCUGUUCUCUUUCUCUCCUGCAGCUCCUCUCUUAGUGUGGUCAGCUCGUUAUUACUGCUCUGCCUGUCUUUUUGGAGCUCUCUCACCUCCUUUGUUAGAUCAGCCAGCUCUCUCUUGAGUCCGUCUCUCUCUUGCUGAACUUCUUUCAGCUGUGUUGCAAGGCUGCUGUCCUGCUCUGUCCGCACCUUGGUUAGGAGCUCCUCUAAGGUGUGGAUGUCUGGUUGCUGUUUGCUCACACUUUCCCUGAGCAGGACUACCUCUCCCUCCAGUGUGGUGAACUGAUCCCUCAUGGCAGCCAUGGUGGUGAGGAGGGCCUGAGCCUGCUCUGCACUGAGGGGGUCGCUCUCCUCCUGUGGCGUGUCCUCCACUAUGGUGGGAAGAGAGGUGCUGGAUGUGCCUUUUUGGGUGAGGAUAGUGGGGGUGAGGGUGGUGCUGGUGGAGUUUGUCUUGUGGGAGGGCAUGUCACUGGUGGUGUCCUUCUCUCUCUCUGCUCUCUCCUUAAUGGUCUGAAAGUCUGUUUCAAACAGCCUAAGGUUACCUUGCACCAUGACAGUCCCAGUCUUGUAGAGGUUGAUUGUUGUCAGGGUCAUCUGUCUCUUUUACUUUCAGCUUCCACCCAUUACAGAUUCCCUCUUUCUUUACGGAUGGGUAUUGAGAGCAGACUGCUGAGCGCCAUGCAUUUGGCUGCUCAGUGAGAAAGAUGAGAUUACUCACAUCACUGUUUUUGUAGAGGUCUGUGAAAAGGGUUUCUGGCCUCCCCUUUAGUAGAUUCUGUUUAAAAGCUUUCCUUGUUGUGUCAUUUUUGGCCUCUGGAGGGUAGAGAAUGGACUCAGCGCUGAGGGGUAGUGGGGACAUGGUGCCUGUGGGCUCUGCUACUACUGCUGCUGCUGCUCUGUUCUGCUGCACCGUUGCUAUGGCAACCAGUUUUGUUUGUCUGCUGCUGUUGCUAGCUAGCUCCUGUUUAGCUCAAAAACCAGCAAAAAGAGUGAAAGAUCUUCACACACAAAAACAGAAGAUAUGUUUAAAGUUGGAGUCCGUGCUUCUUCUGCUUCCGUUUGGUCGUUUGAUGUAGUUGUAUUAACUCCCCUUGCUAGGCUGGCUUGUUAGCCUGCUGGCUAGGUUUUUGUUGUGUAGCUAGCUAGUGAAAGUCAAAACUUCUUAAUUUGAGGCGCAAAGUUACUUUUUUUUCUAUUCUGAUUUAAUAGAGUUGUUGUUCAUCACUUCUUGCCUUGAAUUAUUUUUAGAUUCCAGUGUUUAUCUCAUUCUAAAAACAAAAGAACUGAAAUAAAUCAGGAGCUCAUGUUGAGCAUGACCUUUCUCUCUCUCUCUCACUCACACACACACACACUCACACUCACACACACACACACACACUCACUCACUCACUCACUCACUCACUCACUCACUCACUCACACUCUUGCAGGGCCCAGGCGAUAGCCAUUGGUCAGGCUGUGGUAGACGGUCGUUGGCUGGACUGUGUCACUCACCACGACCAGCUGUUCAGGGAUGAGUACGCUCUCUAUCGCCCCCUCCAGGUGAGAUACUGUUUUGCGGGAAUAAGGGGAAGCACCUGCCUGCUUCUCUGUGUAGCCACUUGGUUUAUUAGAUGUAGCCACUCCUCCAACAGCUUUAUGCAGUACGCACUUGGUUGAUGCCACUGCAGCCGACGGGCGCUAAAAGCUCACCACACUUCAAUUAAGAUAGUGGUGGUGGUGGUGAUGAUGUUCUCUUGUCUUCUCAUCAGAGCACAGAGUUCUCUGAGACCCCGUCUCCUGACAGUGACAGUGUCAACUCUCUUGAGGGACACUCCGAACCCUCCUGGUUCAAAGACAUCAAGUUUGACGACAGUGACACAGACCAGGUGGCUGACGAGAAUGACUACGUCACGCCCAGUACGUAUCCUAGCAUGCCUUGUGACUCUGGCCCUCAGGCUAAACUUUACAACAACCAACAUCAUGUCUAUGUCUGCUUUCUUCUUAAAGGUCCAAUGAAGCCAUUUUUAUCUCAAUAUCAAAUCAUUUCUGGGUAACAAUGAAGUACCUUACUGUGAUUGUUUUCAAUUAAGAUGUUCAAAAAGCAAGAAUUUUGUUAGGACUGUCUGGGAGUGGUUUGAGUGAGGAGGGGAAAACUGAACUAGCUGUUAUUUGCAGAGAGGUUUGGAACUCUUUCUUAUUGGUCUAUUAACCAAUUUAUCGCCUGGUGAUGUCUGCAGGCAGGCAAAAAACGUAAUCCCAUCAAAACAGGCUGAAGUUUCAGGCAGUCUUUUCAAACAGCUCUUACACUAAAACGACGUUAUCAUAAUUAUCACAAAUUCACAGUAUUAUUCCAACCUCAUAGUGUGGAAGUAUAUAUAAAACACAGGAAAAUCACAUUUUUGACUGCACUAGGCCUUUAAUAUUGAGAGUAAACAAUAGGUAGUUGAGUCUUUCUGUAAUGUCUCUGACAUUUCUCUUAGUAUUUAUCUUACUACUGAGCUCUUGAACUUUAGAACUAGUGUGUACUCCCCCUCCAUGCUGCUAUGCAUCAAGAAGACAAAUUACAUGUUUUUAACGUGACUAAUAAAUAUCAAACAAUUAAUUAAUCAAUCAAUCAAUCAAUGCACCCCCCCCCCCCCCCCCCCCCCCCCCCCCCCUCGUUAGACUCAUCCAGCCCCAGUAAGAGGACAUCAGUCAGUAGUUUCCAGUCAGCGGUGGACAGUGACUCUGCUGCCUCCAUCAACCUCAAUAUGGAGCAGGACAACGUCAACUUCCACAUCAAGAAACAGUCCAAGUACCCCUAUGUACCCCCGCACCCCACGGAGCACCCCACGGAGCAGAAAGGUACAGAGCCACUUACACACACACACUGUCCCACCCCCAUCGCUUCCACCUAAACAGGAACAGCCAGUCCUAUCCCCCUUCACUAGAAUGAUUGGUUGCUAUUGUCUUGCUGAAAGCAAACGCCUUUACAUAGACUUUUAUUUGAUCGAUUCACCUUAAUCUGCAAUAGCAUAGCAUACAAAGAGGAACUUAACCUAUCUGUUUGCUCAGCCAGUUCCCAUAACAGGUAUACGUUUAUGGAAGGUGGAGUUGUGGGUUGAUGCAUUUCUCCUCUUUCUCUCUCCUAUAUCAGAGUACCUGGUCUCAGAGGACAGAGGACAGAAUAUCUCCAUCAGUGACGCUUUCAUCAAAGGUAGGAACUCCCCACUUCCUAGUUAAGUCUGGCUUCGUUAUGGAUGUUUUUUUGCAGUUGGUACACUUUUGAACUCUUUAGCAGCUGUGUAUUCUUUCUAUUGAACAAGCAGUUGGUACUGAACAUAAUGUACUGUAGCUGUAAACCAAGCUAUCAUUCUCUCUCUCUCUCUCUCUCUCUCUCUCUCUCUCUCUCUCUCUCUCUCUCUCUCUCUCUCUCUCUCUCUCUCUCUCUCUCUCUCUCUCUCUCUCUCUCUCUCUCUCUGUGUGUGCUGUAGAGUCCCUGUUUAACCGUCGUGUGGAAGAGAAGGCUAAGGAGAUGCUGUUCACUCCUCUGGGCUGGCACCACAGCUCCCUGGACCAGCUCAGGGAGGAGAAUGGAGAGAAGGAGGCAAUGGAGAGGCUACUGUGAGUACAGUCGGAUAACUUAGAGGUUUGAAAGUUGUUCAAAUGUUUUUGUCAACCCUUUUUUUUGUUCAUUAAAUAGGUAUGUGGACUACAGGAAAUGCUAGACACUAGUAAAAAGUGGGAGGUUUGGAAAGUAAAGACUAGUCUCUAGCCUACUGAAUUGAAGUGGACCAUAUUUAUGAGUCAUUCUUUAGAUGAAGCAGAGCUCUCUCAGUAUGAAUUAGAGUGUACUACUGUGUUAUGUAAAAUGUUUUGCUGGUGAAUUUGCAUGUUAUGUGAACCAAAAACAGCUGUUUUCUCUUGCAAAGAAAAUGGUUAACUUCUCUCACUUCCCUCUCCACAGCUCUGCCAACCACAGCCACAUGAUGGCGCUGCUGCAGCAGCUGCUGUACAGCGAGUCCCUGUCCCUCUCCUGGCGUGACAUCAUCGUUCCCGUGGUGAGGCAGGUGGUGCAGACGGUACGGCCGGACGUUCGCAGCUGUGAUGAUGACAUGGACAUCAGACAACUGGUUCACAUCAAGAAGGUACCUCACUGACAGCGCUCUAUUCUAAUCUGGGUGAUUACCUCGACUUUCCUCGAAAGUCUCCAUAUUGACGUCAAUGAACGAUUUACACAAAGUCUGAGUUGCCUGCACUUCUCUCAACUCUGAAUCAGGUCUUUGUCAUUUGGCUUUACGUAGACUGCACAUACUGUAGGAGUAGACUGAUGACUGAUUUAAGGUGACCAAAAUGUCUGUCUUUUAACCUUCAUUCUUUUUAUGUUUGUGUUUUUGUAGAUUCCUGGAGGGAAGAAAUUUGACUCUGCUGUAGUGAAUGGCUUUGUCUGUACAAAGAACAUUGCCCACAAAAAGGUAGGUUCCCUCUCUCCUGUAACAACAACCACCAUCUCUCCCUGUAAACACAGUCAGGAUGACACAUAAAGUACCAUUUUAUCUUGUCUUAUUUUAGAUGAACUCGUACAUCAAGAACCCCAAGAUCCUGCUUCUGAAGUGUUCUAUAGAGUAUCUCUACAGAGAGGAGACCAAGUUCACCUGCAUUGACCCCAUCGUGCUUCAGGUCAGCCAGUUAGACACUGAGUCAGUGGUUUGUGGGUUAGCUGUCAUCUUGGUUUAAAACAUUAAUGAUUUAUGUAGCUAGAAUAACAAGGUGCAAGUGUGAUUUCAAAUAACUUUUAUAAUCAAGGGCUAAGCAUUAGCACAAGCAAAUGUAGAGAAAACUAUUUCAGUAAUUCCACAUUUGCUAGCACCCAUCCACAAUUUAUAGAAAUGAAGAAAAAGAAACGUCAUCUUUGUAUGUGUCUUUGUUCCCCAGGAGCAUGAGUUUCUGAAGAACUAUGUUCAGCGUAUAGCGGACGUGCGUCCCAACCUGGUGCUGGUGGAGAGGACUGUGUCCCGUAUCGCUCAGGACAUGCUGCUGGAGCACGGGAUCGCACUGGUCAUCAACGUCAAACCGGUCAGUACCUCUCUGUACUACUAGUUAAAGAAUUAACUGGUGUUAUCAGUGUCAAACCAGUCGGUACUUCCCUGCCCUCUCUCUAGCUCCCUGUACUAGCUAGCCUUGGUUGUGUUUCCAUACCCACCUUUAUCAAGCGUAAGAACAUCUUACUUGUCUAGCUGUUGUUAGCUUAUUUUAUUACUCUUUUUGUAUUAUGUUUUGCAAAUAGAUUGUGGUUCUAUCAAUGUAAUUGUUUGCAUAAUUUCCAAUCCCCCAUAUAUAUUUUCUAUAAAUAUAUUAUUUUAAAUAUAUAUACAGUGGGGAAAAAAAGUAUUUAGUCAGCCACCAAUUGUGCAAGUUCUCCCACUUAAAAAGAUGAGAGAGGCGUGUAAUUUUCAUCAUAGGUACACGUCAACUAUGACAGACAAAUUGAGACAUUUUUUCUCCAGAAAAUCACAUUGUAGGAUUUUUAAUGAAUUUAUUUGCAAAUUAUGGUGGAAAAUAAGUAUUUGGUCACCUACAAACAAGCAAGAUUUCUGGCUCUCACAGACCUGUAACUUCUUCUUUAAGAGGCUCCUCUGUCCUCCACUCGUUACCUGUAUUAAUGGCACCUGUUUGAACUUGUUAUCAGUAUAAAAGAUACCUGUCCACAACCUCAAACAGUCACACUCCAAACUCCACUAUGGCCAAGACCAAAGAGCUGUCAAAGGACACCAGAAACAAAAUUGUAGAUCUGCACCAGGCUGGGAAGACUGAAUCUGCAAUAGGUAAGCAGCUUGGUUUGAAUAAAUCAACUGUGGGAGCAAUUAUUAGGAAAUGGAAGACAUACAAGACCACUGAUAAUCUCCCUCGAUCUGGGGCUCCACGCAAGAUCUCACCCCGUGGGGUCAAAAUGAUCACAAGAACGGUGAGCAAAAAUCCCAGAACCACACGGGGGGACCUAGUGAACGGCCUGCAGAGAGCUGGGACCAAAGUAACAAAGCCUACCAUCAGUAACACACUACGCCGCCAGGGACUCAAAUCCUGCAGUGCCAGACGUGUCCCCCUGCUUAAGCCAGUACAUGUCCAGGCCCGUCUGAAGUUUGCUAGAGUGCAUUUGGAUGAUCCAGAAGAGGAUUGGGAGAAUGUCAUAUGGUCAGAUGAAACCAAAAUAGAACUUUUUGGUAAAAACUCAACUCGUCGUGUUUGGAGGACAAAGAAUGCUGAGUUGCAUCCAAAGAACACCAUACCUACUGUGAAGCAUGGGGGUGGAAACAUCAUGCUUUGGGGCUGUUUUUCUGCGAAGGGACCAGGACGACUGAUCCGUGUAAAGGAAAGAAUGAAUGGGGCCAUGUAUCGUGAGAUUUUGAGUGAAAACCUCCUUCCAUCAGCAAGGGCAUUGAAGAUGAAACGUGGCUGGGUCUUUCAGCAUGACAAUGAUCCCAAACACACCGCCCGGGCAACGAAGGAGUGGCUUCGUAAGAAGCAUUUCAAGGUCCUGGAGUGGCCUAGCCAGUCUCCAGAUCUCAACCCCAUAGAAAAUCUUUGGAGGGAGUUGAAAGUCCGUGUUGCCCAGCGACAGCCCCAAAACAUCACUGCUCUAGAGGAGAUCUGCAUGGAGGAAUGGGCCAAAAUACCAGCAACAGUGUGUGAAAACCUUGUGAAGACUUACAGAAAACGUUUGACCUGUGUCAUUGCCAACAAAGGGUAUAUAACAAAGUAUUGAGAAACUUUUGUUAUUGACCAAAUACUUAUUUUCCACCAUAAUUUGCAAAUAAAUUCAUAAAAAAUCCUACAAUGUGAUUUUCUGGAUUUUUUCUCUCAUUUUGUCUGUCAUAGCUGACGUGUACCUAUGAUGAAAAUUACAGGCCUCUCUCAUCUUUUUAAGUGGGAGAACUUGCACAAUUGGUGGCUGACUAAAUACUUGUUUUCCCCCACUGUACAUACAUACAGUACCAGUCAAAAGUUUGGAUACACCUACUCAUUCAAGGGUUUUUCUUUAUUUUUACUAUUUUCUACAUUGUAGAAUAAUAGUGAAGACAUCAAAACUAUGAAAUAACACAUAUGGAAUCAUGUAGUAACCAAAAAAGUGUUAAACAAAUCAAAAUAUAUUUGAGAUUCUUCAAAUAGCCACCCUUUGCCUUGAUGACAGCUUUGCACACUCUUGGCAUUCUCUCAACCAGCUUCAUGAGGUAGUCACCUGGAAUGUAUUUCAAUUAACAGGUGUGCCAUCUUAAAAGUUAAUUUGUAGAAUUCUUUCCUUCUUAAUGCGUUUGAGCCCAUCAGUUGUGUUGUGACAAAGGUAAGGUUGGUAUACAGAAGAUAGCCCUAUUUGGUGAAAGACCAAGUCCAUAUUAUGGCAAGAACAGCUCAAAUAAGCAAAGAGAAACAACAGUCCAUCAUUACUUUAAGACAUGAAGGUCAGUCAAUACGGAAUAUUUCAUGAACUUUGAACGUUUCUUCAAGUGCAGUCGCAAAAACCAUCAAGCGCUAUGAUGAAACUGGCUCUCAUGAGGACCGCCACAGGAAUGGAAAACCCAGAGUUACCUCUUCUGCAGAGGAUAAGUUCAUUAAAGUUACCAGCCUCAGAAAUUGCAGGCCAAAUAAAUGCUUCACAGAGUUCAAGUAACAGACUGGUGGAAAUGUGUCCUUUGGUCUGAUGAGUGCAAAUUUGAGAUUUUUGGUUCCAACCGCUGUGUCUUUGUGAGACGCGGUGUGGGUGAACGGAUGAUCUCCGCAUGUGUAUUUCCCAUCGUAAAGCAUGGAGGAGGAGGUGUUAUGGUGUGGGGGUGCUUUGCUGGUGACACUGUCUGUGAUUUAUUUAGAAUUCAAGGCACCCUUAACCACUAUGGCUACCACAGCAUUCUGCAGCGAUACGCCAUCCCAUCUGGUUUGGGCUUAGUGGGACUAUCAUUUGUUUUUCAACAGGACAAUGACCCAACACACCUCCAGGCUGUGUAAGGGCUAUUUGACCAAGAAGGAGAGUGAUGGAGUGCUGCAUCAGAUGACCUGGCCUCCACAAUCCCCCGACCUCAACCAAAUUGAGAUGGUUUGGGAUGAGUCGGACCGCAGAGUGAAGGAAAAGCAGCCAACAAGUGCUCAGCAUAUGUGGGAACUCCUUCAAGACUGUUGGAAAAGCAUUCCAGGUGAAGCUGGUUGAGAGAAUGCCAAGAGUGUGCAAAGCUGUCAUCAAGGCAAAGGGUGGCUAUUUGAAGAAUCUCAAAUAUAAAAUAUAUUUUGAUUUGUUUAACACUUUUAUGGUUACUACAUGAUUCCAUAUGUGUUAUUUCAUAGUUUUGAUGUCUUCACUAUUAUUCUACAAUGUAAAAAAUAGUCAAUAUAAAGAAAAACCCUUGAACGAGUAGGUGUUCUAAAACGUUUGACCGGUAGUGUAUAUAAAGAAAUCUUGCAUAUCUUAAUUUAUUUCCACAAUUAACGAAUAAUAUGCGUAAUAAUGUAGGCAGUUCAUAGGAAGGAUUGUUACCCAUAACCAGGACUGGCAUUACAAAAACUACAUUGUUUGGCAAGCAAUUAUUAUUUUGGGAAACAAUUAUUGUUUUUAUUUUAUUUAACCUUUAUUUAACAAGCCAAGUCAGUUAAGAACAAAUUCUUAUUUACAAUGACGGCCUACUUGUAAAGCCUCCCCGGCCAAACCCUCCCCUAACCCGGACGACGCUAGGCCAAACCCUCCCCUAACCCGGACGACGCUGGGCCAAACCCUCCCCUAACCCGGACGACGCUAGGCCUAACCCGGACGAUGCUGGGCCAAACCCUCCCCUAACCCGGACGACGCUGGGCCAAACCCUCCCCUAACCCGGACGAUGCUGGGCCAAACCCUCCCCUAACCCGGACGACGCUGGGCCAAACCCUCCCCUAACCCGGACGAUGCUGGGCCAAACCCUCCCCUAACCCGGACGAUGCUGGGCCAAACCCUCCCCUAACCCGGACGACGCUGGGCCAAAACCCUCCCCUAACCCGGACGACGCUGGGCCAAACCCUCCCCUAACCCGGACGACGCUAGGCCUAACCCAGACGACGCUAGGCCAAACCCUCCCCUAACCCGGACGACGCUGGGCCAAACCCUCCCCUAACCCGGACGACGCUGGGCCAAACCCUCCCCUAACCCGGACGACGCUAGGCCUAACCCGGACGACGCUAGGCCAAACCCUCCCCUAACCCGGACGACGCUGGGCCAAACCCUCCCCUAACCCGGACGACGCUAGGCCAAACCCUCCCCUAACCCGGACGAUGCUGGGCCAAUUGUGCGCCGCCCUAUGGGACUCCCGACCACGGCUGGUUGUGAUACAGCCCGGGAUCGAACCCGGGUCUGUAGUAACGGCGCUAGCACUGCGAUGCAGUGCCUUAGACUGCUGCGCCACUCAGAGGCUAUUAGAUUGUGAUUCAUCAUAUACUGUCCCUAACAUCAUUACCCCUUAGCAACGGAUGUGGGGUACAUACACACACUCUACCCACCCUUCCCCACAAACAACCACAAGCUCAGAUGUUCAGCAGUUGUUCCAUCCCGAGCCCAACUCAAGAGAAGACUUGAUGUGCGAACACAGUUUGAGCUGUUUGAGAAGGCAUGCAACAUUUUGCAAGAAUGGGGAGAUUUGCUUAACCAGUGUCAAGUCCUAGCUCACGGAGCUCAGAUUCACCCCUCUCCCCUGAAACGCACACGCUGGUCCCCUGUUGUGACCAUUUUCCCAAGCAUCUCUGAGCAGUCAGACCAUUUGAUUAUUUUGUGCCUCCCCCCCCCCCAUGGGUUACUGCAGCUAGUGUUUUACUACUCUUUAUGAUGGUGUCUGUUGCCAUGUUAGCCUGUUCUUCUGCUUAGCCCAUUCAACUGUAUAUUAGCCAUACCUGCCCUCAGUCUCUCUUUCCCACCUCUAUGGCUCUCUCUCUGCAGCAAGUCUUAUACAGGGUGAGUCGUAUGACCCAGGGGGACCUGGUCAUGUCCAUGGACCAGCUGCUCACUAAGCCUCGACUGGGAACCUGCCAAAAGUUCUACCUUCACUCCUUCCAGCUGGCCAACAGUGAGUGGAAAGUACUCUGCCCUCAACAUGCUGCUUUACAUCUUAAGUCUCUACAGCUUAGAUAUUUGAAGCCGUUCAUAACACUUAUUUCACUUAAAUAAUCCAACACAUGAAACUAACAUACUGCAACCAGCUGCUUUCAUUCACAACUUCCUCCCGCCUAGACUAGACUUAUCUACAUGCUCGUUUUGACUCUCCUGAGUGCCACAGCACAACUGUGUAAUGUGUUCUCCUCUCUCCCCUUCUCAUCUCUGUGACAGUUGAGUUGAAGACUCUGAUGUUCUUCGAGGGCUGCCCUCCCCAGCUGGGCUGUACCAUAAAGCUUCGCGGGGCGUCUGAGUACGAGCUGGCCAGGGUUAAGGAGAUCAUCAUCCUCAUGGUGUGUGUGGCCUACCACUCCCAGCUGGAGAUAUCCUUCCUUAUGGAUGAGUUCGCUAUGCCUCCCAGCCUGGCCAAGACCAGCUCCUUCCCCUGUCUCCUGGAGAGCACUACCGUCGAGGAGGAGGAGAGCCAGGGCGAGAGCCAGGGCGAGAGCCAGGAAGAUGGGACCGACCAGAGCACCCUCUUCCAGGGAGGAGAGACUGUACUGGGGGACGAGGAGGAGAAGCCUCCCCUGGGGAAAUCUGUAUCGGAGUCCUCCUCGCCUAAAGAUGUCGAUGGCGUCAAAGUCACCAAGAACCACCUCCUGUCCUCCUCAUCCUCCCUGGGGGCCGAGGGGGUGGAGUCAGCAGAGGUCAUGACCUCCACUCCAUUGUCCAAUCCCCUGGCGCCGCCACCACCCUACAUCAUUGAUGACCUGGAGGAGUUGGAAGAUGCGAUUGGGCUGGAGAAGGGGGAGACUGAGGGGGGGAGUGGGUCAGGGGUUCUGGGGAGGGGUGAGUCGCGGGAGGAGAGCUUGGGUUCGGAGACGCCCUCCAGGCUGUUCAGAGACCCACUGCAGGAUGACACAGGUCUGUUUGUCACAGAGCAGGUGAGGAUUAAGGCUACAGGCUGAAACAUGUUGGUUUUAAUAAGAAACUUCCAUUGUCCUCCAAGAGUGACCAACAAUAUCCUCGUCUGUUCUGUCACCGAGCAGGUGGCCUCGACGGACGACCGUCUCAAGACGCUGACGGCAGGCUUCAAACAGGAGCUGAAGGACAUGAUCCUGUGUAUCUCCCCAUUCAUCACCUUCAGAGAGCCCUUCCUCCUCACGCCUGCUGGCCUACGCUGCCCCAGCAGAGACUACUUUCCUCAACAGGUCGGUUUGUUUCCAUUCACUGUAUUGAUUGAAGGAUUUUCAACCUUUUUUCUAUCAAAUGGCUCAAUGUAGUUCAGUAAUGUACAAUAGAAUAUCAGAUGAUCCGUUUACGUGACCAUCAAUUCCUCUGUACUCAGGACAUCGUUGGUCAUAGUGAGGAUGUCUACAAAAUAUGGUUGUUGUCAUGCAUACGUGUUACGCCUGUCUCAGAACACUUAAGUGCUGGGCAAAUGAUCCAAUAAGAUAUUUUCAUAUUUGAGAUGUAACAUACUAGUUCCUUGGGCAGGUGUACCUCUCCCCGCUGCUCAACAAGGACUUCAAAGAACUAGACGGUCGACGUAAGCGACAACUCCUCAAAGACUCCACCCCGUCAGGUGGAAGCAUGGCCAACGGAGGCCCUCCCCCUCGCCCCAUCCAGGUGUUACCCUCCCACCGCCUUACCAGCGCCCGCAUCGCAGAGCAUCUGGGCAGCAGCCAGGACCUGGCCAAGAUGCUGGCAGACUAUCGUGCCCAGGGAGGCCGCCUCCGACAGAAGGAGGCAGACCCCUUCGCCCAGCCCCUACCCCAGCCACCGGUCCGGGAGGCACUGCCACCCAAGCACCCCGUCAAGGCUGAUAGUGAGGAGGAGAAGCCAGCGGGACAGAACGGCAGGACCUGGGCCUCCAAGGUGAGACAUGGCGAGGUAGUUAGGACACACCACAAUAUAGGAGGUAGAUGGCACAGACAGGCACCACCACUCACUCUCCGGAGAUAUUAGGUCAGGGCUGAAGAGAAGUGCUUUAAUGUAUUAUAAGGUGUAUAUGUGCUGUUCUUAUUAUGUUGUUGUUGACCACCAUUACUUCUCUGUGUUUCAGCUGGACUGCCUGAACCCAGUGAACCAUCAGAGACUCUGUGUUCUGUUCAGCAGCUCCUCAGCCCAGUCCAACAACGCCCCCAACCCCUGCGUCAGUCCCUGGUAAAUCCCACUCAACCCUGGUGGUCUUCAAUUCAAUACAACUUUAUUUAUCCCCUUAGGUGCAACAGAAAUGUUGUAUACCAGCUGUGAAAGACCAGCUUACUGAACUUUGAAAGGUCAGCUAUUCACAAAUACUUACUUGUACUCAACAGGAUUGUCACGAUGGAGUUCUACGGAAAGAAUGACCUCACACUAGGAAUAUUCCUGGAGAGAUACUGUUUCAGGUGAGGGAAAAAAUCAGAACCAGACAAAUUGUUGUAUUGAAUUUACAAUAGAACCUUUUACCAUCCAUUUGGUUGUCACUGAUAUGUAAUAAAAUAUAACUCAAUGAAGCACCUCUUCGUGUGUGUGUUUUACAGGCCGUCCUAUCAGUGCCCCAGUAUGUUCUGUGAGACUCCCAUGGUGCACCAUGUGCGGCGGUUUGUCCAUGGCAGUGGCUGUGUUCAGAUCGUACUGAAGGAGCUGGCAACAUCUGCUGUCUGAUGAAUACCAACAGCCCUCCUACCUACUCCUGGUUGUCACGCAUAUGCAAACAGUACACUAACUUGUUAAUCACCGUGUGUGUUCCUUUAUCAGUGUUCCAGCCUAUCUCCCCGGGAUCUGUGACGACUCAUUGCUACCAAGCGCUUUGUCCACGCUGGGUUCAGAUCGUAAUGAAUGCUGCUACUCAUCAAGUCUGGACUACCGCACACCACUGCCUAUCCUGGUCUCGCUACUGCAACGCUACACAGUCUGUUCGGAGUCCUUAUGUCUGACUCUCGACUCCCACUCUCUUGCUCUACUCUACUCCUUCACUCAGCUGCUUGCUACUCACUGCUACUCAUCUCUUCUACUCUACACCUCUGUCUACUCUACUUCUCUAUCUACUCUACCACUUCACUCUAUUCUCUUCUACUCACUCUCUUCUACCUACCCUCGUACCUAUCCUUCUAUCACCCACUCUACUUCUUCCUCACCUACUCUCUUCUCUCUACUCUCCUUCUACUCUAUCGUCUCACCUACCUACUCUACCGCGUACCUACGCUACUCCUUGUCUACUCUAUCCUUCUACUCUAUCUCGUUCUACUCUACCUCUUCUACUCACUACUCUACUCUACUCUCCUUCUACUCUACUGCGCUCUUCUACCCUACUCUCUUCUACUCUACUCUCGUCUACCUACUACUCUUCCUCUACUCUACUCUACUCUACUCGACUCUAUCUCUACUCUAUCUCUCUACUCUACUCGUCUACUCUUCUUCUACUCUACUCUCUACUACUCUCACUCUACUCUACCUACUCUCUCUACUCUACUCCUCUUCUACUCUACUCACGUCUUCUACUCGACGUCUCUCUACUCUAUCACUCUCUCUACCUACUCUACUCUGUCUACUCUACCUACUCUCUCGACUCUACUCUCUCUACCUAUCCCUUCCUCUCUACUCUACUCUCUUCUACUCUAUCUCUUCUACUCUACUCUCUCUACGCUAUCUCUUCGCUACUCUACUCGUCUUCUACUCUGACUCUACUCUACUCUAUCUCUACUGCUAUUCUCUUCUACACUCUCAUCUCUCACUCUAUCCUCUCUACUCUUCUACGCUACUCUUACAUCUCUCUACUCCUCUCUACUGCUACUCUCUUCACUCUACCCUUCACUCUUCUUCUACUCUACUCUCUCUACGUCUACCUAUUCUCUUCUACUCGUACCUACUCACUGCUACUCCUACUCUACUCUCACGCUACGUCAUCGACUCUACUCUCGUACUCUACUCCUCUAUACUCCCUUGCUACUCUGACUCUGCUCUACUCUAGCUCUCUCACUCUACCCUUCUACCUACUCUCUCUACUCUACUCACCUACGUACUCGACGACCUCUCUACUCACUACUCUCUCUACCUACUCUACAUCUCUUCACUCUACUCUACUGCUCGUACUCUCACUCGACUCUACUCUACUGCUCUACACUCUACUCUCUUCUACUCUACUCUACCUACUCUACUCUACUUCUACUCUACUCUCUUCUACUCUACUCUACUCUACUCUCACUCUACUCUACUCUCUUCUACUCUACUCUACUCUCUUCUACUCUACUCUCUCUACUCUACUCUACUCUCUUCUACUCUACUCUACUCUACUCUACUCUACUCUACUCUACUCUACUCUACUCUACUCUACCUCUACUCUACUCUACUCUACUCUACUCUACUCUCUUCUACUCCUACUCUACUCUCUUCUACUCUACUCUCUUCUACUCUUCUACUUUACUCUACUGUACUCUACUCUGUCUCUGUAGGUGACUCCUGUGGUGCCACUGUCUAAUGACUCAUGGUCCAUGUCCUUUGCUAAGUACCUGGAGCUGAGGUUCUAUGGUCACCAGUAUACCAGGAGGGCUAAUGCUGAGCCCUGUGGCCACUCCAUCCACAAAGACUACCACCAGUACUUCUCCUACAACCAGAUGGUGGCCUCAUUCAGGUGGGAAACACAGACCAGGGCUUUGAUUUCCAUCCAGCCAUACAUCUAAACAUCAUUUAUCAUUCUUACCACAUCUUCAAAUGACCUCUAAAAACCAAAACAUAAAGAUCACUAUAGUUAUUGUUAUUGUGUAGUAAACUGUAUAUGCCCAUCAUGCCACUGUACUUGUCUAACCACCAGCUACAUCUCAGUGAGACUGCUAGAGGUCUGCCUCCCUCCUCCUAAGAUCUUCAUCAGGAACCAGGGGCCCUCCAAGGGCAGUAUGCAGCAGGACCUCAAGGACUUCUCACAGAAGUAACUGUCUACCUGUUGUCUGACUGUCUACCAUGGCCUUAACUUGCCUGGUCCCAGAUCUGUUUGUUCUGCAUAGCUGACUCCUAUGGUUAUUGUCCUCUGACAAUAACCAUAGGAGUUGGCAAGAAUGCACAAACAGAUCUGGGACCAGGCUAGGAGUCUGAAUAAUCUAGUUCUGACCAGUCCUUUUCCAUUCUCUCCCUCUUCCCUCUUGUCAGGGUGACUCAGGUGUACCUGGCCAUAGACGACCGUCUCACCUCCCUGAAGACGGACACCUUCAGCAAGACACGCGAGGAGAAGAUGGAGGACCUGUUUGCACAGAAAGACGUAGGUUCCUCCUCGAAAGGGCGGGACUACUAUGUGUACAAUAUGUAUACAGCAGUGGAGGCUGGUGUCGCUUUAAGUGGGAGGACGUGCUCAUUGGAAUGGAACGGUAUCAAACACAUGGUUUUUUUGUGUGCGUGUUCAGAUGGAGGAGGUAGAUCUGCGUAGCUGGAUAGAGAAGCUGCAGGCUCGCCUCCAGUCCUGUGGUAGUGACUCUCCCCAGCAGCUCCAGACUGUACUGGAAUCAGUGGUAGUGAAGAAACAGAGCCUGUGUGAAACACUGCAGUCCUGGAACAACAGGUGAGAACCAUAGAAAUAAGAAUGAAUAGAACGGACAUGGACGCUCUAACCCUGGCAAUUGACUGGUACGCUCGCAAUGGCUGCCCGGUAUUGUGAUGCAAAAAUGUCCAUGGUAUUUUGGAAUGUUCUAUCAACUGAUGCUGGAUUGCCAUGGUAAUGUAGAAUGUUCAUUCAAAUGAUGCUAACUGAUGUGGCUCAUGGAAUGUAUUUUUUUUCAUGUCAGUUGAGUUGACUCAACAAAUCACAGCACAGAUUGAAGGGUACACUUCUUGCUUUUACUUCCCGGUAUGGGUACUCUCAAAAUGGCUGCCGGCCCACCCAUUAUGUCAUCAUUGACUUGAAUGGAGACGCCCUUUCUAUUCAAUGUUAUUUCUAUGGUGAGAACACUGACCUCAGAGCAGCUUUUAAUGUUUAAACUUUUAGGGGUGGUUUCCUAGACACAUAUGAAGCCUAGUCUUUGACUAAGAAGCACUUUUAAUGGAUGAAUCUCCAUUAAACAUGCUUUUAAGUCCAGGACUAGGCUUCAUCUGUGUCCACGAAACUGGACCUUAGGGCUGAAUUCUAACUUGGGAUCAGACUUUCACAUCAAAAUCUUAAUGUUUUGUCACAUGCUUCGUAAACAACAGGUGUAGACUAACAGUGAAAUGCUUACUUACGGACCCUUCCCAACAAUACAGAGAGAGAAAAGAAUAGAAUUGAUCUCUAAGAAUGGAUUUGUUGAACCAUGUAACCUCCAGGAUGCAGGACCUGUUCCAGCAGGAGAAGAGCAGGAAGCGUCUGUCUGUCCCAGCCAGCCCUGGGAGACACCGACAGACAGACGACAGCAAGGUCAGUGCAACCGAUUCCUGAUAGAAUUCAGAUGAUUGGAAGCGCUUAGUAUAUGAUAAGCACUUAGUGUAUCAGAAAGCAAGGAAUGUAAAGUUGUUUAUUUUGUUUGACAGCCAAGUGCUCUGGAGUCCUCUCCACGCAACCCCUCCCCUUUGGUACAAAAUGGUGACAAAGGUAUGGGGAUUGGUUCAGCUUUCAGUCAGAAUGCUAUACUACUUCUCUCAAUGGUGGACAGUAGUUGAUGGGUAUGUCUGUUAUUUGAUUGACAGAGGAUCGUCACCUCACUGCCAUGCCCUCAAGCUGGGGGUCGUCAUUGCUAACGUUACCGUCACCAGGGGAACCAGGCUCAGAACCCUUCUUGUCUGGACCCUGCUUCCCUGACCAGGACUCCGUCAGCAUCCCAGAGGGUGAACACACACACAACCCCCCACAUAAGCUUCCUAUCCCCUUUCUCUAGAUCUGCAGUGCGUAUCUAAAUACAGACCUCUCCUGUUCCUAACUCCAUUCUCAUUGUCUCCUAGAUGUGUUUGAUGGACACCAGUUGGGCUCCAAUGACAGCCUGGUGAAAGAGAAGUCCACAAUGAAGGCCAUUCUAGCCAACCUGCUGCCAGGAAACAGUUACAACCCCAUCCCAUUCCCAUUGUGAGUACAUUAUGACUAUCUCUGAAUAGGCUUUUGGCCAGUAGUAUAAAUUGUUUAAUGAUCAGCCAUAUAAGAUAGCAUUUUAUAUAAAUGCCAAUACUAUAUUGAGCCCUGUUCAUUUUCUUACUUUGUUGUAAUGUUUAGCUUGAAUCCUAGUGUUGACGGGAAAAAUCAUCAAUAUCUCAGGUGCCUCCUACUGCCGUUGUGCCCUUGAGCAAGGCACUUAACCUCUAACCUGCUCCAGGGCACUGCGCUGCUCUGUGGAUGACCCUGUGCUGCCGUGUUGUGUUAUUGUGUGUCUGGACUGGGCACUGUGAAAGGCCAAAUAACAAAUAUCCUCUGUAUAAUGACCAACAAAGAGUGUAUUGUACUGUUUACUAUUGUAUGUUUUGUGACGUCAUUGUGUCCGUUGUUUGUCAGUGAACCAGACAAGCAUUACCUGAUGUAUGAGCAUGAGAGAGUGCCCAUAGCCGUGUGUGAGAGAGAACCCAGCUCCAUCAUAUCAUUCGCUCUCAGGUAACAGCUCCUCUCCAACUCUUCUCCAGUCUCUUCACAUGCCUGACACUUCUGUUCUAAGGUUUUUGUUGUUUUAAUGUUAUAGUUAUGUUGUUCUAACGAUAUUUUAAUGACCUCUGCCCAACCGCUAGCUGUAAGGAGUAUAAGAGUGCUCUGGAUGAACUGUCAAAGACGACGUUGAAGGCAGGAGGCGAGGAUACCACCCAAACCAUCAGGUACACCACACAACUUCUGCUGAUGUGAACUGUGUGUAUGUUACCUGAUGUAUAAUGCCAUCCUGUCUGUGUGCAGUUCUGGAGAGAGCUGGGCCAAGAACAGCCCAGCCAAGCCCAACGAGACGGCCUCCUCCCAGAUGGGUCUGGUGCGCAGCAGCAUGGACUCUGACCCCCUCAGUGAGUAGUAGACAGUCUCAGGGUCAAGGGGCAACAUGGGAGGGCGGUGCUAGAAAAUCUUGCAUUUUUACCUAAGUUCAGCUCUGUUCUGAUGUAUAUUAUGUAAUGUUUCUGGAGUUCCUAGCAUGUUUUUAUUUUGCUUUGAACAGAAGAUGCAGACAUAGGAGACAAGCAUAAGAAGUCAACAGGAAACCCUCAUAUUGAAUUACGUGAGUAAUGAGUGUUUCUCAUUGGACUUCCCUUUGGGAUGGCAUCACCUCUUAGCCCGCAAACUUCCUCUCAAUAACAAGCAUAAGGCCUAGUCAGUAACCCAUCUCAUUCUCUCUCCCUCUCUCUCUCUCUCUUUCUCGCUCUCUCGCUCUCUCUCUCUCACUUUCUUUCUCUCUCUCUUGCUGUCUCUCUCUUCCUCGCUCACUCUCGCUCUCUUUCUCUCCCUCACUCUCUCUCUCUCUCUCUCUCUCUCCUGCAGAGUUCUCUGAUGCCAACGCUAAGUUCUACUGCAGGAUCUACUAUGCUGAGGAGUUCCACAAGAUGAGAGGGGAGAUCAUGGCGAGUACGGAGGACGACUUUGUCCGCUCGCUCUCCCACUGCGUCAACUGGCAGGCCCGUGGCGGCAAGUCUGGGGCCGUCUUCUACGCCACUGAAGGUGACCGUCAACACCAGAGCCAUAUUGUUUUAUUUAACUUCUAUUUACCAGGAAGUCCCAUUGAGGUCAAGACACGCCAUUAAAUAUGUCUGUUGUACCUCACAAUUCAGCCUGUGUAUCUUUACCCUCUCUCUCUCUCUCUCCCUCCCUCCCUCCAUCCCUCAGAUGACCGGUUCAUCCUGAAGCAGAUGCCUAGACUAGAGGUUCAGUCCUUCCUGGACUUUGCCCCUCACUACUUCACCUACAUCACCAGAGCCGUACAGCAGAAGGUAAACUACACUACCCUACCCUACACUAACUACAAUAACUACACUACACCUACAUCACCGGAGCCGUGCAACAGAAGGUCAACUUCACUACACAUCUGGCUUCAGGUCUAGCACAAAUAUAGUUACAUUGACUUAAAUAGAUACUUUUGCAUAUAUAUAUAUAUAUAUAUAUAUAUAUAUGUGGACACCCCUUCAAAUGAGUGGAUUCGGCUAUUUCAUCCACACAUGUUGCUGACAGGUGAAUAAAAUCGAGCACACAGCCAUGCUAUCUCCAUAGACAAGUGAUGAAUCAUGCUUCACCAUCUGGCAGUCCGACAGACGAAUCUGGGUUUAGCGGAUGCCAGGAGAACGCUACCUGCCCCAAUGCAUAGUGCCAACUGUAAAGUUUGGUGGAGGAGGAAUAAUGGUCUGGGGCUGUUUUUCAUGGUUCGGGCUAGGCCCCUUAGUUCCAGUGAAGGGAAAUCUUAACGCUACAGCAUACAAUGACAUUCUAGACGAUUUUGUGCUUCCAACUUUGUGGCAAUAGUUUGGGGAAGGCCCUUUCCUGUUUCAGCAUGACAAUGCCCCUGUGCACAAAGUGAGGUCCAUACAGAAAAGGUUUGUCGAGAUCGGUGUGGAAGAACUUGACUGGCCUGCACAGAGCCCUGAACUCAACCCCAUCAAACACCUUUGGGAUGAAUUGGAUCGCCGACUGCGAGCCAGGCCUAAUCACCCAACAUCAGUGCCCGAUCUCACUAAUGCUCUUGUGACUAAAUGGAAGCAAGUCCCCGCAGCAAUGUUCCAACAUCUAGUGGAAAUCCUUCCCAGAAGAGUGGAGGCUGUUACAGCAGCAAAGGGGGGACCAACUCCAUAUUAAUGCCCAUGAUUUUGGAAUGAGAUGUAGCUACAUUUGCUGUGUAUGGUCUUGCUUUUUAAGUAAUACAUUUAUAAAGAUAAUUUUAUUUGAAGACAUUAAAAUAUUUUAAUUGUUUUUUUAUAUUGUCUUUGAUUUUGUAGUUCUAUGACAUUGUAUAUGCAGGGCUCCCUUGAAAAAGAGACACUGGUCUCAAUGGUGACUCCCUGCUAAAAUAAAGGUAAAAUAAAAGUAUCAAUGAGCUGUGUUCUUGUCUGUGUGAUGGAUGGUUAUUGCAUGAGAUUACAACACAGUCCUAUCCUAAACCCUCUGUCUGUCUCACAGCGGCCCACUGCCCUGGCUAAGAUCCUGGGUGUGUACCGGAUCGGCUUCAAGAACUCCCAGAACAACUCAGAGAAGAAACUGGACCUUCUGGUCAUGGAGAACCUGUUCUAUGGCAGGAAGAUGGCCCAGGUGUUCGACCUCAAGGGUUCUCUUAGGAACCGCAACGUCAAGACCGAGUCUGGGAAGGAGAGCUGUGAGGUGAGCAUGGCGCUAGUUUUAGCAGCGCUGGGUCAUGGGUUCGAUUCUCACUGAGGCCACAUAUACAAAAUAAAUAUAUGCACUCACUGUAAUGUAAGUUGCUUUGUUUAUUUAUGUAUUUUUUUUAACCAGGUAAGUCAUUGAGAACACAUUCUCUUUUGCAAUAAUGACCUUUGGAUAAAUGACCUUUGGGAAAAAGCAUUAGCUGAAUGGCAUCAUUCUAUAUUAGGUGGUUCUGCUGGAUGAGAACCUACUGAAGCUGGUCCAUGACAACCCUCUGUACAUCAGAGCCCACUGCAAGGCCAUCCUCAGGGCCGCUAUCCACAGUGAUGCCCACUUCCUGUCUAGUCACCUGAUCAUAGACUACUCUCUGCUGGUUGGACGAGACGACGCCACAGACGAGCUGGUGGUGGGAAUCAUAGGUGAGGGAAAAGCUUUAUCUCUUUCAAAUGUAUUCUCAUUGGCUAUAACAUUGAUCAUUGUUAUGCAUAGAUUAACUGUUUUCUGGUGCUUAUAGAAAAUCAUUCUUCAUUUCUCCAUGCAUGCUGCUUCAAAAAUGCAUUUGAGUGACAUUGUACUUUGCUGUAUUUGUAACACAAACGUUCCUCCCAUUGUAUCAGAUUACAUACGGACGUUCACAUGGGAUAAGAAGCUGGAGAUGGUUGUGAAAUCCACAGGGAUCCUGGGAGGGCAAGGUAAUUCAUCAUCUGUCAAACACUAACACCUCCUUCCCCCUACGUUAGUCCUUCAAGUCUAUUUUAAGAUUGCGCCCUUUCAUGUUUAGCUUUGAGAUCUCUAGUAAUUCGUUUUUAAUAAUAUAGACCUUUUGAUUUCUUCCUGUAAAUGAAAAGCGCUAUUCAAAUAAAAUGUAUUAUUAACGUUUUGUGUCUCGUUCACAGGGAAGAUGCCCACGGUGGUCUCUCCAGAGCUGUACCGAGCCCGUUUCUGUGAGGCUAUGGACAAAUACUUCCUGAUGGUGCCUGACCACUGGACAGGGCUGGGGGUCAACUGCUGAACUGUUACACCAGUGAGCUAGCCUGAGUCCCAGACCUGUUUGUGUUGUCUAGCCAAUUCCUAUGUCAUUUUCACGGCAUGUUUGGCAAGACAGCAUAAACGGAUCUGCAACUCAGGCUACCAGGGAGCUGCUAGCUACAGAACACAUAGGCAUCAGUCACCAAGGCAGAGAGGAGACCACAAUGCAGAAAAACCCUUAGCCCAAUAUGGAACCAUAAAAGCACACUGGAUUGAUGGAUGAAGAAGGAAAAUAAUAGAAGAGGAAGAGUAAUGCAAAAGAAAAUUGAUGAAAUGCAAAGGAAAGAAUGGCCAGUUGUACGACUCAAUCAUUCCAUAAUAAUAAUCAUAGAAUUUACCACAGGCAGACCUAGAGCUGGAUAAACUUGUUAUCAUAGACUAGACGAGUGACUCUUCAUGACUGUUCUUUGAAAUGAUGACUGAACCCAGAGUUGUUCCUGGCCUGGAAAUAAAUAAACUGCUGUCCCUAAUCAUGGACAUAUCUCUCUGAGGGAAGAGAUUAUCUUGAAGUGCCAAGAUGUCCAACUGUUUCAAAAGGACACAGUGAGAUAGCACUUAAAAAAUAAACUCUUACUUGGUCCUAGUUUGGUGAACAAACUAAUCGAUGUGAUGUAAAGGUUUGUAAAUGUACAGAGAUUAUGUAAUUAAAGAUUAUUAACUGAUUUCACAAGGUUUUAAACCUUAAUGUCAGUGAGAUGA